UUUACAGAAGAGAAACUUGGGCAAGCAGAGAAGACAGAAUUCGAUGCUCACCUAGAAAAUCUUUUGUGUAAGGCAGAUUGUACAAAACAAUGGACAGAAAAGAUUAUGAAACAGACAGAAGUGUUGUUGCAACCAAAUCCAAAUGCUAGAAUAGAAGAAUUUGUUUAUGAGAAACUGGAUCGCAAAGCACCAAGUCGUCUGAAUAAUCCAGAACUACAGGGCCAGCAUAUGAUUGACGCUGGAAAUGAAUUUGGCCCAGGAACAGCAUAUGGAAAUGCUCUUGUUAAAUGUGGAGAAACACAGAAAAGAAUUGGGGCAGCAGACAGAGAACUAAUACAGACUGCUGCAAUAAACUUCCUUACGCCUCUUAGAAAUUUUAUUGAAGGAGACUAUAAAACAAUUACUAGAGAACGCAAGCUAUUACAAAAUAAAAGGCUAGAUUUGGAUGCUGCCAAAACUCGACUGAAAAAGGCAAAAGUAGCAGAGGCACGUGCUUUACAACUAAACCUGUCUCCACCUGAUGAAAAUAAUAUUAUGGUAAAUGUCUCUUACAUGCUCAACUUGCUGCAUGUAAAAUGGCUGAAGUCUGAACAGGAAGUACGGAUAGCCCAAAGUGAGUUUGACCGGCAGGCAGAAAUUACUCGACUUCUGUUGGAAGGGAUCAACAGUACACAUGCACAUCAUCUUCGUUGUUUAAAUGACUUUGUGGAAGCUCAGCUGACCUACUAUGCACAAUGUUAUCAGUAUAUGUUGGACCUUCAGAAACAGCUUGGAAGCUUUCCAGCUACGGUUCUUGCCAACAAUAACCAGUCAUCUUCAACCUGUAUUCCAAGUAGUUCUUGUAGUAAUACGUCCUCAGCUACUGUUACACCCUCACUAACUUCAAUAAACAGUGCAGCAGCUUCUUCAAGCUUUGGUGAAUUGAAGCCCUCAAGUGGUAGUCGAAAAGCCAGAGUACUUUAUGAUUAUGAUGCUGCAAACAGCAGUGAAUUAUCACUACUUGCAGAUGAGGUGAUAACAGUGUACAGUGUCCCUGGCAUGGAUUCAGACUGGUUGAUGGGUGAACGAGGAAAUCAGAAAGGCAAAGUGCCUAUUACUUACUUAGAACUGUUAAACUGAGUGGUUGGCUUGUAUAAAGACUGUCAGUUAUGGUGAGAUCAUAUUUAUAUGCAAUUUAACUUUAUAUAAACCAGAUUUAAGUGUCUUCCAUGUUAAUGUCUUAAUGGAUGAGAGUAACGAGCAUUAGAAAUGGGCAUUUCUUGCCGAUAUUGUUGCAUGGUAGAUACUGUUUUGAGAACUAAGUUGUUUAAGGGCUUUUUACUUUAUGUGCCAAGAUUGUUUCCUACAUAACUUUGUUUCUAUUGGAAUUUUCACUAAUAACAGUUUUCUGCUUUUGAGUACUGUGAACCUGAAAGCAGGGAAAACAGUUUUCUACAGAACUUUUCAUAAUGACAAGCCUCUUCAAAAUAAUAAAUUGUUGAAAAAAUGUUGCCUUUUUUUCCUGGGUAGAAUUGAGGUUUAAAGGUCUAUCACUGCACUUUUGUGCAACAAAACCGUGGCCUUAAAGAAAAGUCUUCAUAACAUGGUAGUGUCGGAGUUGGUUACUACAGGGCAAUGUUUAUGGGAUAUCCUUUGCUUAUUCUCCCACUUCUAUACAUUUAAUUCUUUGCUCAGAUUUAAUAGCAUUGCUUAUUAAUACAAGCAUCUUGGUCAAAUGUUGAUUGGAUUACAAAUGUUACCACUGUUAGUCACCUUGAAUACAAAAGGAAAGGGAUAAUCCCAAGGUAAUCAGAAUUGGGAAGUCUUUUGUGAACUUGCCUCUGGGUAACACAGUAAUUCAUCUAGGCAGUCUUAAGUUUGCAGUCAUUUAUCAUUAUAAUUUGCAAUUGUACAUUUCAUUUUUCCUGUGAAACGUUUUUCUUUUUUGUAACUGAAACCAUAACAGCCUUUUUCCAAUCUGCCACAGAUUGGAACACACCAGAAAUAAAUUCCCAGUUUCACAAUG